AAUUGAGAUGGUCAAUGGAAUUUGGGAGCUCACCUUUUCACACCGGCUCAUCUUACCAAUCCACGCGACGUUGAACAGUGGAUGCCGUCCUGAAAUUUCAACCCCCAAUUCCAACGCGGCGCCAAACCUAUGCACCAUCCCUCACUUGGAUUCAAUAUAUUUCGGUGUGCCCUCCUGCUCUCCUUUUUUGCAAAUCCCAUAUCCUCAUCCUUCCUUUUAUACCCGAUUGUCUCUCCACUUGUUCCUCGCACCAUUUCCAUUUUCACCAUUUCUUUCUGUAUUUCUCCUUACAUUCAAUGGGUAGGCGCGGAUUGUUCGACCUGGAGAGGCAUUUUGCGUUCUAUGGGGCUUAUCAUAGCAACCCAACAAAUAUAUUUAUCCAUAUUCUCUUCGUCUGGCCAAUAUUCUUCACUGCUCUCAUGCUCUUCUACUACACCCCUUCCUUCUAUUCUUUUCCCAAAUGCCCUUGCGGCUUCAAUACUGGCCUCGUUUUGAAUUUUGGUUUCUUGUUCGCUUUGGUGUAUGCCAUUUUCUACAUACUUUUUGAUAAGAGAGCUGGAUCUCUGGCUGCUGUUAUGUGUUUUCUCUGCUGGGUUGGAGCAAGCGUUUUCGCUUUUAAACUUGGAUGGACGCUUACUUGGAAGGUGGUGUUGGCUGCACAGUUGUUCUGCUGGACAAGUCAGUUUAUUGGCCAUGGGGUGUUCGAGAAACGGGCACCCGCUCUCAUUGACAACCUUGCCCAAGCUUUUCUAAUGGCUCCAUUCUUCGUUUUGUUGGAGAUUCUUCAAGCUUCGUUCAAAUAUGAACCAUACAACGGUUUUCACUCAAGCGUGAAGGCGAAGAUCGAAGCCGAGAAGAAAGCUUGGGAAGGAAAGAAAGAAAAGAAAAGCUCUUAGCUCGAAUGGAAUCCCUUCUUUAGAUGUAUAAAUACGUAUAUCAAGGUGUGUGGUUUUGAUUUGGUUUGUGUGGGAAUUGUGUAACUGCGAGCUUCAAAUGUACUUAAAAAGAAUUGUUGAAGUAGUGUUUGUAUUUGAAUAAGAUUAGAAAGCUCCUGAUCUCACAACCCAAAUGUGGGGAUUGGUUUUACAUUCUUCUGUUCACAUCAGAAAAAGGGUGCCGUAUAAGUAUGGGGAAUAUUUUCAUUUUGUGCAUUCACACCAUUAUUUUAGUUGAUGGAUAUUUUUGCUUAUAA